AUGUUUACCACUAGGGUUCUUCGUCAGGCUGCCCAGCACGCCGAGCGCACUCCUUCCAUCAAGUUCAUCGGCAAGCGGACCAUCCCUGCAUCGAUCGACCACUCUCCCCGGCCGCACCCUGCGUCGCCCAGCCACUCGCUCCCUUCAUCCUUCACCACCGGUUCCUCGCACACUUCAUUUAGCGCCUACCGCGACCAUGCCCAGCAACACGGUCCUCUCCGGAAGACAAUCAGGUCCGGCGAUGCGGCGGGCGUGGGCGGAGCGGCCGGAUCCGAGCUCGGCCCCGUCACCCCGCCCCAGGGCAUCUACUUUGACCGCAACGAGCUCCCGGCCCGCUUCCACCGCCAGCCCCUCACCCUAGCCGAGAUCGAGGUUAUUGAGACAGGGGGCGCCGCGGCCUUUGCAUGA